UGAUGAAAUGGCAAUAAGUAAAGCAGCAAAGUUUUUAUUGUGUGCAAGCUCUGAGCUAUGUGAGUGGCAGAACCUGAAAAGAGCCUUGACUGCAGUCCCUGCACAUCUCUCUACCUCCUCCCUGCAGGAGCUGAAGGGGAGCAGGGUGUGCAAAGUGCAAGGGGAGGAGGGAGAGCCUAGGGCAGCUCUGCACUGUGACCCAGCCUUGGCUGUGAGCUUGUCUGCUCUAUGUCUGAGACUGGGAGGCUGCCCCUCCAUAUGUGUAUGUGUGUGCGUGUGUGCUCUACCGCCGCCACUGCUGCCCUUUGAUCCUUGCAUUAGUGUUAGGGGCUCGGAGACACACAGGGAGCAGCCAUAGACACGGCAGCGAGCGGCACCGCUCAUCCUCCCGAUGUAGCCCUUUCCAUGCACAACACACGUAUAGAUCACAUCCAUUCCCCAUUGAAGAAUAUUUAUUGCGACUGGGGGAGGGAGGUGAAAGGGAGGACAAGCCAGGUGCACCGACCAAGCUCCCUGACUCCAGCCAGAGCUGCUCUGCACAGACCCCGGGGCUAUCUCCCCCUUUUCCUUGGCCACUGACUCCAUCAGCGGAGAGGAGAAUGUGAUCGACUUGGGAGAGAAGAGAAAGAAGCCCCGAUCUUCUUCUAGAUCUCAGUCCAAAAGGGGAGAAAAUGCCCAGGAGGAAACAGGAGCAGCCCAAACGCCUGCCUUCACAUGGUGCUCGACAAGAGGAAGUGGAAGGAGAAGCAAGUGAGGAAGAGAACUGGUUUGGAACAAAUUCUGAAACCCCAUCAGAAGCUUCCUAUGGAGAUAUUCAAGAGAAUUAUAAACUAUCACCUGAUGACAGAGGACAAGAAUCACCCACAUCUCCUGAUACAUCCCUAGGAAGUGCAACCCCAAGUUUAAGCACUGAUUUGGGAAUUCUGGAAAGUGAGUUUUUUAAGGAUGCCUCACAAUGUAAGGAGCUGUUGUCAACGUCUGCAUCCUCCAUGGAUGAGGAUGAGCAAAUUGGCGCACACAAGCCAUUAAGCAGUAAUCUGAGACGUCUCCUAGAGGCUGGUUCAGUGCAGCUUGUAACAGACGCUGGUACAAAUGGCAGAGAUGACUCUUCACUUAAUACUUCUACAAACCUCCAAUUUUCUCCGUCUUCUCACCAUGCAAAGCAGCUGAGUGUCCUUGCAAGAAAGCUUGCUGAAAAGCAGGAGCACAGUGAGCAGUAUGGAGGGGUUUCAACCAACAGGUUUAUAUGGAGUCAGGACAAAUGGCUACAUAAUUCAAAUAACACAUGUGGCCUGUCACCGGACUCUGCUAUCCUAAAACUCAAAGCUGCUGCUAAUGCUGUUCUUCAAGAUCAGUCACAGUUAAGAACUGGUGAAAGUCUAAAGUUUGAAUCAUUUACUUCUCCAUUUAGUUCUCAGUCUGCUAGCUCCACUUUAGCAGCAUUAUCAAAGAAAGUUAGUGAAAGGGGCAUGACAGCAGGUCAGGAGCGUCAUUCUCCAGCUGGUCCAUUUCUUUCCUUGGCUUCCAUGACCUCUUCUGCUGCCUUGCUUAAGGAAGUUGCUGCACGGGCUGCUGGUAGUAUACUUGCUGAGAAAAAAAAGCCCCUUAUGUCAGAAGACCCUUUAACACUGCCUGAAGAAAAUCAAGAAAAGGUAACUUCAACACAAUCUUUGGAACUGUUGUUACUCCCUUCACCUAAAGGAAGGCCAUCUAAACCUGGAAAUCAAGCUCCAGAGGAGGAAGGCGGAAAACCAUUUCAGUGUCCUAUUUGUGGCUUGGUAAUAAAAAGGAAGAGUUACUGGAAAAGGCACAUGGUGAUUCACACAGGUUUAAAAAGUCAUCAGUGUCCACUAUGUCCAUUUCGUUGUGCUCGCAAGGACAAUCUUAAAUCACACAUGAAGGUCCACCAGCACCAGGACCGAGGGGAAACCUUUCAGUGCCAACUCUGCCCUUUCACCUCAUCUCGCCAUUUUAGCCUAAAACUCCAUAUGCGCUGCCACCAGCACUUCCUGCGGGCAGAGGCCAAAGUGAAAGAAGAACCUAACGAAGCUGACAUUAAACAAGCACCUUUUAAAAAUUCCUUGGCAAGUCAGGAUGAAGGAUGUGCUUCACCUGCACAAAUGACUCUACUUCCAGAGACCUUAAACCAGAUUAACUCUAUAGCUGUCAGUGCACUACCUAUUAAAGAGGAACCUAAAGACAAUGGCUGCCCUUCUGUCAUUCCUUUUAAUGACAGACCUAACAGUAACAGCAGCGCAAUGAUGAAAGAAUCUUUGGAUUUUGUAGGUUGCCCUUCAUCCCUUUUCAGCCAAGACAUCUCUGUAAAGAUGGCAUCAGAUUUUCUGAUGAAGUUAUCAGCUGCAAAUCAGAAGGAGCCCCUCACUCUUACUUUUAAAGUGAAAGAUGAACCCGAGGAUGAAGAGCCUAUUAGCUCCCUAUCCCCACAAUCCUUGUACGGUUUUAACCAGGAAUCAGAAGGUCGGCUUUCCAGCACCCCAGAUGAAGACAGCAAGCCACAAGAAACACAGCCAAACCUGCUCACUCAAGAUAUCUCCAUGAAAGCAGCAUCUGAGCUCCUUAUGAAACUCUCAGCUGAAAGCUGUAAGGACACGCAGUCUGUGAAGAUUAAAGAGGAACCCAUGGAGGUUGACAUCCCUGACUCUUCCAUCUCCCCAAGACAGAACAUUGGUUACAGCACUUUAUUAAGGCAAGAAAAAAAUGAGCACUUGCAGAAGAUGCCAUUGUGUCGAGUUGUUCCUGAAGGGAACCUGUUCAGCCAAGAUAUAUCUGUAAAGAUGGCUUCAGAACUUCUCUUCAAACUGUCAGAAAAAGUUAGCAAAGAGCAUAAUCACAAGUCAAAUGUUAUCCGAACAACCAGCCCCUUUUUUUCAGAAGAAAAAUGCAGACAAUCACCAUUCACCUCCAACUCAAAAGACAUUGUAAAAAAUGAAGCUUUUCCACAAGGAAGACCAGAUUCUGAACCGAUGGGACUUGACACUAGCAGCGGUAUACCGACAUGGAAACUCAGUGAACAACUCUUUCCAUGUGAUGUCUGUGGGAAAGUGUUUGGUCGACAGCAGACUCUGUCUCGACACCUCUUGCUUCACACAGAAGAAAGAAAAUACAAAUGUCAUUUGUGCUCAUAUGCUGCAAAGUGCCGCGCUAACCUGAAUCAACAUCUGACUGUCCAUGCAGUGAAGCUGGUGAGCACGGACACCGAAGACAUUGUGAGUGCUGUUAUAUCUGAAACCAGUGAGAAAAAGAAGACCCCUUAUUUCUACAGUUGUCACGUCUGUGGCUUUGAGACAGAGUUGAAUGUUCAGUUUGUGAGCCACAUGUCCCUUCACGUAGACAAAGAGCAGUGGAUGUACUCUAUCUGUUGCAGCACCUGUGACUUUGUCACCAUGGAGGAAUCUGAUAUGAGGACACACAUCAGCACUAAACACUCAGGAGAAGAUAGAAAGACCCCUAGUGAAUCAGUAAGCCCCUCUUCCUCGUCCUUGUCUACACUCAGUGAUUCAGCCAACAGUAAAGAAGAUUCAGACACCCCACUGAGAAACCAGACUUCAAACAGUUUGUUGGUUAUUUCCGUAGUGCCUGGCUCCCAGCCCUUUGUCAGCAAUGAAGAGAAGUCAGAUAAAGGAUUUGAGUGUGUUUUCUGCAAUUUUGUCUGCAAAACGAAAACAAUGUUUGAGCGUCACCUUCAGAUCCACCUGAUCACCCGGAUGUAUGAAUGUGACGUGUGCCAUAAGUUCAUGAAGACACCAGAGCAGCUGACAGAACACAAGAAAUGCCACACAGUCCCCACCGGUGGGCUCAAGUGCCCAUUCUGCAUUUACUCUACAAACCGCCCCGCAGCCAUGGAGUGUCACCUAAAGACACACUACAAGAUGGAGUACAAGUGUCGAAUCUGCAAGACAGUGAAAGCAAACCAGCUGGAGCUUGAAAUGCACGUCCGGGGGCACCGUCUUGGGAACCAUUACAAGUGUGACCAGUGCGGCUAUCUCUCAAAGACAGCUAACAAGCUGAUUGAGCACGUCCGUGUCCACACAGGAGAGCGUCCCUUUCACUGUGACCAGUGCAGCUACAGCUGCAAACGCAAAGACAAUCUCAACUUGCACAAGAAGCUCAAGCACUCUCCACGCCAGACCUUCAGCUGCGAAGAGUGCCUGUUUAAGACCACGCACCCAUUUGUCUUCAGUCGCCAUGUCAAAAAGCACCAGAAUGGUGAAUUAAUGGAAGAAGAGAAGAAACUCCCAACUCCAGCUCCAAAAGAGGCUAAACCCUUGCUAACUGUUAAUGACCCUAGGAGCCUUUUAUCGCCUCUCUCUGUCAUGUCUGCUUCCCAGGCUCUACAAACAGUGGCCAUGUCUGCUGCCCAGAGCCGGGGGGCUGAUACACAUUUAGCACUUAAAGCCUUUGCAGUAAACGGUACCUCAUCAAGCUUUGAUAGGUACCAGAACUCCGAGGUUGCUCAUCUCAUUCCCUUAACUAUGCUUUUUCCCAAGAACCAUUUCGACGUCACAUUCCAUCCACCCCGACCUCAGACGGCACCACCAGGUGUCUCCACACCUAAGCACUCCUUCCUUGCUUACCUUGGACUAACAGAAAGGGCAAAAACUGUUUAAGGGCAACCGUUGCUCUGUCUCAGAUACCCAGCAGGUAUACAUUGCUGCAAAAUAUAGGUUUGAAAGGUAUGAAAAUGUGUACUGUAUAUCUCUAGCAAGAUUAGUUAAUGGGCUCUGUGUGUAUACUUAUUGCAUUUACAUAAAAGCUGCUUAAUUAAAUCUUCAGAGAGGUAACCUACUGCAUAGUUCUACAUAUCAAAAAGGCUGCUUCCCCUUUACCUCAGCGCAGGCUGAAUGCCCUGGAAGGAUAUAAGCGCUGGCACUUAUGAAGUUACAGUUUCAUUUUUUAAGAGAAAUGUUUUGCCCCAACAGUUAUUGCCAUGUGAGCACUGUAGUUUGCUCCACCUAUUUUUUCUAUCAACAAAAUGUUGAUAAAUGUAAUUUAAUCCAUUAGUGACCAUGGCCACUUUAACUCUGCUCGUGCCAUUGCAGAGUAAAUGGCAGUUCUGGGAUUUACAAUGUAUUUAUGUGCCACGCUGGCACAGAGUAUACAGAAAUAUAUGUACAUUGUGUGGUUUAUAUGUUUAGCCAAAAUGGUUUCCAGUGGAAGUAUAUUUAUUAGGUUUUCCAUGUAUAUACUAUAUAUUUAGAUUCUAUACAAACAACACACCCCCAGAAAAACCCCAAUAUUUAUUUAAAAAAAAAAACAAACACGCACAGCCAUGCUCUGACAUCCUAUUGUUUAGCCUCUUCCUACAAUAUUUUCACAUCCUAAACAUUUCAUUAUUAUGCCAAAGCCAAUAGGACUAUUACAUGCACUUCUGGGUCUUUGGCUGCCAAAGUUCAAAUGUUUAUUGUAUAAAAUCCAAAUAGUCUCUUUUUUUAUUUCUCAGAGUGGAUAGCUGGUUUUUUGUUUUUUAAAGGGAUACUGACCAUUAUGGAAACAAUGUAACCUUGUCCCCACAUGGGCCUGAGGCCACGGGGAGAGCAUUUAUGUCUGUAAGACAAUUCUGUUUUUUGGGGUUAUUGUCAGUCUAUUUCUAACUGCUGCUGGAAGUCAACCCACAGAUAGCUUUGCCCUCUGCACACUGCCAGGAGCCUGACGUCCAUCUAAACCAACAGUCAGAAGCAUAAAAUGUAUUCCCCUGAAGGUCAGGUCCUAGAAGGGGAACUGUAAUUCCAGAAAUGUCAGUAUAAAUUUAAUAAUUAUAAAGUAAUUAUUUUCUAUGAUUAAAAUAGAGAUUUAUAGCUUCUCUCUAAUGUUACAGACAUGCUGCUCUAUUUGAUAUUUUUGGGUUUUUAUCCCAAAACAAUGGACAUUUCAGCUGUUAUUGCAACUACAUCUCCUUGUUUGAGAGUUGUAGUUUAGUUUUACCUUAUCAAAUCAACAUAUUUUUGUGUAUGAUCACUAAUCUGUCAGUGAUCAGCAUGGGGUAUUAAUGACCAUGGCACACAGAUUUGUAGGUAACAUGUUGAGACUUUGGGGGGGUCAAUUUUACAUUUUUUUUCACCAAUUAAGAAAAAAACAGUGAAAAAACACAAAUGAGAAUAUUCUUGAGAAGCAUAAACAGCCUGUACCUUUUAAAGAAAAAAAUCCACAAAAGCUGGCGAGGUUUAGUAGAAGUCAAUGAAUUGUCAAACAACUUUAUUUAUUUUCCACUUAUUAAAACAUUCAAUUUUUUUUAGCCUCAUUGGAAAUGGAUGGAAUAAUGCGCACAGGAAUAUUCUUUUGUAUUUUUUCUCAAGAAUUUGAGAAGAAAAAGUUUUGUCGCAGUUAUUUUUUUCACAUCCACUUUUUUUAUGUGAAUUUUCAUAGAUCUGCCACUUGAUCUAGAAAAAGGUCAGUGAAGAACACUGUGAUUACAUAAUGGCGAUUAUCUACUCAAAAUGAAUUAAUCUUUGUUUAGGGGACAAAAUCAACGUUCAUAGAGAGACAAGCCACAAAAAAGUGUGGCUGAGACAAAACCCCCUGUGUGACAUUCACCUGUUUCCCUAAAACACGUCAAAUUAUAAUUACAGCUUUGAUAUUUCCACUGGACUAAUUCAAAUCUCCUUUACAAAGGCUAAACCUUACAUUCCUGCAGAUAUAAGAAGGGGGGAACAAAUGAAAUACACUGUAUAAUCUGUGCACAGACAUCUUUGAAUGUGGCAGAUGAGAUAGGAAAAAGGAUGAGGGCUUCUCACAAACUUUUGUAUUCCUGCAGAUUUCCAGAAUGAUGUAAUGAUUCUGCAUGCAUUUCAUGAGCAAUAUUGUUAGUGUAUGGUGCUGAGAUUUGUAGUUCAAGAACUAACAGACAGCCACUGGUGGCUACAUCUGUUGUGUUGGAUUCAGUAAAAAUACAUGUUUCUAGAAAACAUGGAAGCAAAUGCAAAGCACGGGGCCACAUAUUCAUCCUUUUCAAUAGGGGUGCACUGAAGGCAGAAUUCAGUUUGGGGCUGAAUACUAGCAUGUUUAGCACUGUUUUUGCUCAGAAUUGGGGCAAUUUUGAAAAUCUUUUUCAAAUUUGAAUUGGCAAAUUAGGGUUUGGUAUUCAACCUUUCUGGAUUUGGUGCAUGCUUAUUUCUCAGGGAAGAAGCUGCAGCAGCAUCAGGGCUCUCAAUACUCCCAGCAUUCACCAAUAAGUAAUAGAAAGCAGCUAGAUUAUCAAAUACUGGGCUAGCAAGGGCAUUUUUUCCUUGUGCCCCAGGACCACUAAGAGCAGCCAUUCUUUAUACAGGUAUCUCUGUAUCGAUAAUGAUUUAUAUGCAGGAAAGCAAAGUUUAAAGAUUUUAGGAGGCAGAUUCCAUUUUUAGCAUUUUAGUUAGUAACAAAAAAAAAAAGAAGAAGGGAAAAUGUAGAAAAUAUGCAGUGGGUACCUUUCUUUUUUGCGACUGUUUUAUCUUUAGAAACAUUAAUAUUUUACAGUCCACUUAAAGGAUUAAAAAGGGUUUGGAGAAAUGCUGGGUAUAAAGUACCCAGGCUAAACAAGGCAGUUUUGCACAGUGCUUAAUAUUGCACUUUUCCUUGUCACUGAUUUACAGGCCAAUGGUAGGGCAUGAUGUGAGUUUGUACAGCCCCGGGCUGUGGGGCUGACAUAUUAGGGCCACGGCGCACACAGCACUGGCAUCUCUGCUACUCAUGCAUUUUCCUGUGCAUAGUGGGUAGCGCUAAUGUAAAUGCAGUGCGUGCCAAUACCCUUUGAAAAAAAUAGACAGACUUUGUUUUCCCUGUAUCGAUACUGUUUGCACACGGCAUCUGUCUGAUUAAAGAUAAACAGAUCCACUCAAAAAUAUUUGACGGAAAGAAAGACAGACCAUAAACUCACCUUGGAUUUUAUUAGGGUAUUUUUUUUUGCUAGAUAUUAUGGAUCAAAGGGAAAGAAAAGCACUUUUUUUAGUAAUUUAGCUCAUUUUCUCUGUUUUUGUGUUAUUAAACAUUUGCUGUUACAGUUGAGGGUGGCCUUAAACCUCUCUAAUAAUACUAUACUUGUAUAUAUUAUUAUUAUUUUCUUCUUUACAUACCUAACAUUUAGGUGGCAGAAUCUGCGGAGAAGGUUCAUUCAUUUUAAUGUACAAUGCUGAGCAGCCAUUAAUUGUCGUUAAUGAAAAAAAGAAGUAUAUCUGAGGUGUUCCUGAUACCUAGGUGUGUUUUGUGGUCACUGUUUGAGCUGUAUUGUGUGACACACUUGCAUUUAAUGAUAGUUACAUGGACAGAGCCUGUUUUUACAGAUAUUUGGAAUGAGUCGGUGCCAUAGGUGUUUCAUGUAUAAAAAUACACUCCUAUAAAAGCAGAUGAUGAAGAAUAAAUCAGGAUAUAAUAACUGCCAGUUCCUAAUGGGCCCCACGCCAGACCUUUAAUGCAAGUAACUGACUUGCUUAUUCACAUUGCGGAAGCCAGUGCCUAUCUGCCCAGCCCACACUUCAGUAGAUGCAUCUUGGGGUUUUGUAUCGCUUCCCACUUUUCUAUAAAGGAAAAUAAAUGGUGCUGCUGUUAAUUCCACCUUCAUCUCCACCAUUAAUUCCAGCAGAAAAAUGACAAGAAGUCCGAAAUGAUUUCUAGGCACCCAUUGCCCAUUCACAUAUCCUUUCUAGACCAUUGUAUCUGGGUUUCCUAUGGGAGAGCUUCUGCGCAUGGCCUCUGUCCUACAGUUAUUUUUUAAAUAUACUCCCCUGCUCUACUUUGUUAUUCCCUGUGCUUGGAAGCCGUUUCUUUACACAGUAGAAUUGCUGCUGGUUACCUUAGUGGCUUGAGGAUACAUUGUAAUUCAAAGACAGAAUAAAAAUGUGUUUUGUACGAAUG